AUGCAUCCUACAUUUCCUUCGCAAACUCUGCCCGAGGUAGCAAUGGAUAUCCCACGCCAACAGCAGCCAUUGCCGGUGGUUCACAAUGCUUACACACCCAAAGAAGCAAUCGAGAUUUCGUCUCGAACAGGUGCCUACAAGGCACACAUGCGUAUCGACAAGACCAUCAUCAGCAGUUUCAUGGCUGGAUGUCUGCUUUCCUUCAGCGGUGCCUGUUACUCUGUCAUCAAUACAUCUGCCUGGCUGAACGAAAAUGCUCCUGGAGUCGUCAGAAUGCUCGGAGCCUCAAUCUUCCNNCCCUUCGGUUUGGUUGUCAUCGUCAUGACUGGAGCAGACCUCUGCACUGGAAGUUUCAUGUACACGAGCUUGGCUGCCCUUCACCGCCGUACUUCUGUUCUGCUGAUGUUGAGACAUUGGUUACUCACCUUCUUUGGCAAUCUUGCUGGCUGUCUCUUUGUCACUUGCAUCAUCAUUGGGUAUGGAGGUGUCUUGUCGGCUCCUGCUUAUCGCAAAGAAGUGCUCACUAUCGCUACCACGAAGGCGGUGACUCCAGAGUGGCAUCAGAUCUUUNUGAAGGCUAUCGGUGCAAAUUGGCUGGUUUGCCUGGCAUGUUUCCUGGCCUGCUGUGCCAGAGAGUUCUUUUCCAAAGUGACGGCCAUUUGGGCUCCUGUGUUUGCCUUCGUAUUGCUGGGUCUGGACCAUGUCGUCGCCAACAUGUUUUAUAUCCCCAUGGCUGUAACGUCUACUGACCAUGACAGANUCUUCCUACACCACCCCGAUAUCACCGUCGGCUACUACAUCUGGAAAAGCAUGAUCCCCGCCGCCCUCGGCAACAUAAUCGGCGGCAGCGUCUUUGUAGCCUUCGUAUACUGGUACCUCUUCCUCGUCGGCGACAGCUCCGAGAUUGUCAUUGAUGGCGAUUACUGGGAUGUCCAGAGCCGUUCAUCCAUGGCCUCAAUUUCGGAACAAGAGACCAACCAACAUCAAACCAACAAGGAUGAUGGCAAGAUGGUUUAA